AUGUAAACAACAACAAAGGUGUGGCUGUCUGGGGCUCUUUAAACGUGCAGCAUUGCUGAGAAUCAACGUUAGUUGUAGGGAUUAGAACGGGGGUACCAUUUUUAACCAUUGCCGCAGGAACCAAAGCUUAAAGAAGUCUAAUUUACAGAAUAUUUUUUUCUUAUUCGAUCUUCCACCUCAUCAUCACGGUAAUCUUUCUUGCGAAUUCUCCUUAAAAAUUAAAAUUAAAAUGCGCUCCCUUCUCACAACUUUCAUUUUUCUUCCAUUAACCACGUUAUGGUUCUAUUACUCAAUACUGAUUAUUUAAUUAUUUAAUUAUAUGAUUAUUUAAUUCUGUUACUCGCUAUUGAAAUUAUUAGAUUUAAUAAUGUUUCCUUUUCACCACGGUAAUGAACAAAACAACCAUGCAAUUUUACAUGGGGCGGGCUAUAGUCGGGUUAUAGUUGUAAUAAUUUUUAUACUGUAUCUGGAAACACUACGUGUACCAAAAAUAAAACAAUCAAUUUAAGAUUAUUUCACGAUAAAUAAGAAUGGCAAUCAUUAGGACUUAGUUGUUUUUCCGUAUUACGUUUAAUAUCAUACAACCAGGUAAGGAAAGCUCAGUUGUUUAUAGCAAACUGAUGUGUGACAUGUUGUGGGCACAACUCAGAUUCUAUUUUCACGCCUGUCAAGUUGUCUUCGGUAAAAUUGUUGCGCGAAACUAGCGUGGACUCACAAGUUAUACGGAAAACUAUCAAAUGUAGCAGUCUUUUUCUUGAUUUGACUUCUCUUGCUUUCCUGUGAACCUCUAACCAAUCAGGUGAAUCAUCCUGCUUUAUCGACCAAUCAAAAGUAAAACCAAACCACUCGUGACCUCGCGUACGUACGUAUUUUCGCGCGCUAGCAAUCGGUUGUCUAUUUUCCCGCGCUUGCGAUCGCUUACGUAUUUUCGCGCGCUUGCUAUCGGUUACGUAUUUUCCCGAGCUUGCAAUUGGUUGUGUGUUUAUGCUACUCAUGACUGAAGAAGUCUGGCGAAUCUUCCUUCUAACGGCUCAAUCCGAAGUUAUUGCCGGGCUCUGUGUUAAACGUUGAUUUUAGUUGCGCUCGACAACCCAAGAACUUCAAAAUAAACAAUACUACAAACAUAUGACAGGUUCAGCGUUUUUGUUUAGUAACCAAACCACCAACAGGUUAAAAGUUAAUUCAAUAGUAAAACAAAUUGAGCACCUGUCGGAGUGCAUCACUUCAGUCAAUUAACAAAAAGACCAUCACUUAAAAACAAAUGAACCUGAAAAAAUUUGACUGUCCUAAAAAACGAUUAGCACUCUGUUUGUGUUUCUUCUUCUUAGUAGGAUUGACCAAAGCCGCAACAAGAUCUAUGUUAGGGAAAAAUAAACAGGUGUGAGCUUAUAAGACUUUCAGUCAACAUCGAGUCCUGCAAAAAUUAACACUUUUUAAAUUACGUGAUGCAAUAAGAAAACCACUCAAUGAUAGGUGACAACGACAAACUUAACCAAUCAGAUUACAAUAAAAUGACAUAUGAAACGUAAAAUGUUGGUGUACUUCAUAUCAACAUUAAGAAUUCUCUUUCAUAUCGUUCUACAAACUGAGCAGGAAAUUUGACGAUGUUAUCGAUAAUAUUUUCGAUUGCCCUGUCCCUUUUCGGGCAGGGUUUAUGUGCUCCAGCUGACCCGGUGUUUAAAUUAAGCGAUGCAGAUUUUGAUCAUUUCCUUAAAGACAAAGAAACCAUGUUGGUUGACUUCUACGCGCCGUGGUGCAGUGAUUGUGCCAAACUGAAGCCUGAUUUUGAAGGUGCAGCUAAAGACUUUGCACGGAAAGGAAAAUUUGUUUUCGCCAAGAUUGACUGUUUCGGCGAGGGAAGGAGCAUCUGCGAGAACAGGUUCAAUGUACACAGCUGGCCGCAGCUGAAAGUAUUCCGAAAAGGGCAAUACGCUGGAGAGUACAGCGGUAACCAAGACAAAGCUUCUAUCGAAAGAUUCAUGAAUGAACUAAUCAAACAGAAAGUCCCAAGUAACAUUGUACAAGAUGAACCCGCCUCAAACCAGCCCGAAGGCUAUCCUUGUGGACCUACUUGGACACAGAAUGGGUGGAACUUUUCGCAAAUGAGCCCUUGCAACAUACCUUAUCAGAACCCACCAGGCUGGAAAAGAGGAUAAAUGAAUCGUCAAAUCACAAACUUGAAACUUUGAUAUGCGUAGCAACUUCUAUAUUCGAGCGCAAGAUUUAACGACUUGAACAUGAAUACGAGGCUGCAAAAUUAUAGCCUCGUUUUUGUGUUGAAGCAAAAACUAAUUUGCGAGAAUCGAAUGAGGCAAUUUCAGAGUUGUUUUUGCCUGUGUUUGAAAGCGGACCCUGGUGCAAAACAUUUCAAACGAAAUUAAGUUGUACUACUUCUUCCAAUGAACGCUGUUUUGAGGGGGCUAGUUUAGAAACCGCUGAAAUUGUAAAAAAAAAAAA